AGUUCCACCUGUUCAAACGUGAUUAGAUCCCACGUAUGUGAUCAUAAGGACUGAGGUCUUUAUAAAAACUGCACCUUGUCUUGUAAUUUUACACAACACCAUGGAGAGAGCUGCUUUAUUUCUACUGCUGACGGGUAUCGUGGCCAGUGGACAAGAGUUUCACUGGGAAAGCGACUAUGACCAGUCUCUAGAGUUUAAGUGCCCUGCAGGACAGUCGAUAUCCCACAUAAAGAUCCAACAUGGUAACCCUAAUGAAGACCUGACGUGGGACUUUGGCUGUAAAGACGCCUCUGAUUCUGGUGUGGACUGUUUCUUGUCACCUAACGUCAAUGAAUUUAACCAAACAUUCACCUACGAGUGUCCACCAAACCACAUCAUCGCAGGAAUGAGCACCUACCACAGCAAGAACGAGGACAGGCGCUGGCAGAUUUACUGCUGUAGAAGUAACAGCCGCUGUACUGCUAACUGUGAGUGGACUCCUGACAUGAAUGGGAUUGAGUUCAACUUACCAAACCAGAAGUACCUGGUGGGUGCUAAAAGCUUCCAUGAAAAACCAGAAGACUGGCGCUGGAAGUACAAGCAUUGCAGCAUAGAACAAUGCUGAGACUAUCAAAUCCAAAUAAUCCCGAAUCUGAAACGAGAUGGAAAUGUUAUUUUUGGCCCAAGAAUUGAAUAAAUUCAGUAGGUCUGAGAAUGCAAA